AUUUCCUAGAAUUCUCUCUCUAUAUUACAUAAAGAUAGAGAGAGAGCUGCAGCCUUCAGCUAAUUGACUCCGCAAAAUCCAUAUCCUGUUUCUUUUAUAUCAUAAUUACACACCCAACCAUGGCACCAAGCCUAGCUAUUGACUAUGCCUACAAAACAAGGGCACCCUCUUCCCUAUUAAGCUCUCUCUUCAUGUCGACGCUGAACGUGGCUGCAAAAACACUUGUUUCCGUGGCUUCAAAUAUAAAAGUAGAGUAUUACGAGAAAUGGAGAGCAAGAGACCAUUUGAGGUUCAUGGCGAUGUUAAUGACUUGGGUUACAGUUUGGGUGUUUAGGGUUAUGAUGGAUCAUUUCCCAAGUGUUAUGCGUAUCUCUCCAAGUUACCUUGGACGCUUUUUGCCUGCCAAAACCUCCACCUUGGCGUUGCCACCGCCGUCAAUAUCAUCUGUUGUAACGUUAUCGUCGUUAUCAACUUCUCCUUCUUCCUUGGAUCUGAUUCUUAAAGACGAUUUCGAUGGCCAUUCUGUUCAGGCUCUUGGCAGAGCUCUUACGCAUGUGCUUGCAUUGCUGAACGAGAUACCGGCAACCUCAAGAAAGUACCAAUUUGCAAUGGCAAUGGCCGAUAAGAUCAUGGACGGGAACUUCCGAAACGGCCACAUUGAACUCAUAGAAGUGAAUCGGACGGCUCUCUCUUCAGCUUUUGCUCGUACAUUAAGCCUUCUGAAUCGAUCUCUUCAGCUGACGCAAGGCUCAUAUGAUUCUGGUGCGUGGACUUCACGCAUCCUCAGUGCACUGCCGAUGGGAUCUUACUUAUCAUACUACGUUAAGGGGCUAAAUCACUGCGUAAGAACCGUCUUACAAACUGUGGCGAAAGGCACGUGGCAGUUGGAGAAGAGGCGGCAAUUGGUUUAUGAGGGUGCGGACGAUGUGGUGGCAGAGAAGUUGGCGCAGGAAUUGCUUUGGAUAACGAACAAACUUAGGGCUUACGGUGCUGUGGACGAAGCCAUGGUUCAAUGGAGUUAUGCCUCUGCUAUUGCUUCUCUCGCUUUCAGCGCUAACCCUAGGGUCCAGGGCUACCUUGUCAAGAUUUCAGCUAUAUUAAUUGGAGAUCUGACGAACAACAAGGUUGAGGUCUCAAUGCAAGUGAUGUUCAGAUUAUUAGUACUUUGGAUUCCAUUGUUUUGCCAUGCAAAUAAUGGACUGUCGUAUCCAUUCCUGACGAGCUUCGAGAAGAUGGAAGUGGAAAGCGCAAUAGAUGAAGUGAUAUCCAUAUUACCUGCAACUGAUCAAGAAGUUAUUCUAAUAAAUUGGUUGCAAGAUUUCACCGUAUGUGCGUCAGAUUGGCCAAAUCUCCAAGUAUCUUACGAUCGUUGGUGCAGAUGCACUCGUCAGCUUGCUGCGUGAAUUUAAGUUUUAAAAUGUGUCUUUACGUAGGUGUAUUAUUGUUGCUUUGAUCUAUUUGAAGAACUACAAAAUCUUGGGUUUAAUUUCUUUGAUUAAUAAGUCUGAAAAGAAUGUUGUACUUUCCUUGAUUGGGUUGGAAAAUUGAAAAUUCUCUAUUA